CUUUUGGUCCAGCUGACGGAAGAUCCACAGUACGUCUCUUUUUCUCAUUUUUCGCCCUGAUUGACCUCCUUGCCACAUCAUGGGACAGACAUCGUCAAGUGGGGUGAAGGCUCAUAUGGAGACAGCACAGAAGACAGGUGCAUUAGUGCUGUCUAAUAGGAAACUGACGGAGAUUCCAGACCUCUCGUCAAUGAGUAAGGUGCUGCGGACACUUGAUCUGUCGACAAACAAGCUGACGUCCGUUCCACCUUCUGUGUGCAGUCUCUCCAACUUGAAGCAUUUGAAUCUGAAUGGAAAUAAAAUUGGCAGCAUCCCAGAGGAGAUUGGAAAUCUGACAAAACUCGAGUCUUUGUCUUUGGUGUCCAAUCAAAUUACUUCUCUUCCUGCUUCAAUGUCUAACCUAAAACAUUUGAAAUCAGUCAUAAUCAGCGAUAAUCAUAUGAAAGAAUUCCCGGUGGUACUGUGUGGCCUGCCCCAGCUGGAUGUGUUGGAUAUCAGCGGCAAUAAGAUCACAGAGGUACCUGAUGGCAUAGAGGAUCUUCAGGCAGUAGAAGUUAACUUGAAUAUGAAUCAGGUCUCCUCAAUAUUGCCCUCAAUUGCAUCGUGUCCCCGCUUGAAAACCCUCCGCCUGGAGGAGAACUGCCUGGCUCUCACUGGAAUCCCCACCGAGCUCCUGCAGGAUUCCCAGGUCUCACUGCUGUGCUUUGAAGGAAACUUGUUCCAGAUGAAGGAAUUUGAAGAAUUAGAGGGUCAUUCCAAGUACAUGGAGAGAUACACAGCAGUAAAGAAGAAGAUGUUCUAAACGAGGCUUCGGACAAACUGCAGGAAAUGGAAAACUGAUUCAGAGGAGAUAGAGCCAAGACUAAAAUUACUCUGAAGUGAUCGGAUCUGAUAGGCAUACAUAUUAUUAUUAACAUGGGAACCAAAGAAAAAAACAUGGACUUCAGGCAUAAUAUUCCUGAGGCAUAAGCUGGUGAUGUAUAUUAUAGUAUGCAAAGAAAGUGUACAUAUGUGUAUUAAACAGUUUGUAUUUAUUUAUUGGUGGAUGCUUUUGUCAGGACAUAUAAAGACAAAUGCUUUUUUGCUUUAUUCCUAUUCAAUCGGUGGUGCUGCCUUACCAUAGUAUUGGUACACUGCUUUUGCCAGCCGAUUUUUUACUUCAUUUCUGCUCUGUUGUUUCUUGGCAUUUGCUUCAGUCUUCCUUGGCCAAUGAUAAGUAGAGUCAAGGUAUGUUUGUACAGUAUAUGUAUAUGAUUUUGUCAUUUAAUGUAUAUACUGCAAUAAAUGUGCCUCUUUUCUGUAAUUGCAGUGAAGCAUUUACUUUUCAAAUGUAUAUGAUUUUAUGCAUGUUUUUAAAGGCUUUGUGCAAUGAUAUACCAUUUAUGUAAACAACUCUUUUGUAAACAUCUCUUUUUUUGUGGUUAUAUAAUUUUCUGUGUGUAUUUUCUCUUCUAACUUAUUAUGUGUGUUAAAAACAAAACACAAUAUGAAAGACAGUGCUGUAUAAAGGAAAAUAAGAAUAGGAAGAAGGAUUGUAUAUACUAAAAAUGCUUUAGGUUGCCUCUAGCAGGCUAAUAUUUACCUCAACCUGAGAUGCCAAACUGAAAGAUGUCGCUUGUUCUAUUUUGCUUGAGGAGCAGCCACACAGGCCUCAAACUUCUUGAAAAUCAGCCGCCACAUAGUUUGUUGCAUGCCUGUUGCAUGGCCAAGGAUCACAUUAAACUCAUAAUGACGGUCAAGGGCAUGUUAUGUUCUUCGCUCUUUGCUUUUGUUUUGGUUACAUUUUUUUUUUUUUUACGAACGUAGGCUUAAGCCAUGUUGCAGUGUUGUGUUUAGGAGUGAUUAUGUUUUCCAAAUGUGUCUUGAUAAAGAUAAGAGUAUUUGCUUGUUUUCCUUUAAUGUGAAUGCCUGUAAAAUGUGGAUGUAGUGUAAUUCAUGCAUUGUAAAAAAAAAAAAAAAAUUCUGAGUGUGUGAAGAGUAAGUCAUCAGGGGAAAUUGAGGAUAAAUAAGUAAAUAUGUGUAGAAAGAAUCUGCUUAAAUAUAAUAUAAUUGUAUUAUUUUUUAUUUAUUAUUUUUUUUUUUGAGCAGCUUUAUGGAGGUUACCAGGUGCUUUAAUGUAUUUAUUUAUGUUCUGUUUACAAUAAGUUAUUUUAUAGAUGUGUAUUUUUCUGCUUUAUUACCAGUGAGAGUGAUGGAGGAGUUAGUCUUAUGUGUGUUUGCAUUUAUUACCAACAGAUGAGCACUCGGUUGUAUUUAAAAGCUGCUGGCCGUAAUAGGAUUUAUCAAACCCAUUCAUAAUAUAAUAAGAUACUGUUAUCAUAAUAUUCUGUUAUUGUUUUUUUUUUUCUCUCCUUAAACCAGUGAAUUCUAUUUAUCUUUUAUUCUUAGUUUCAUAGUUAUAACCAACUAGAUACAGGCAUGGAUCAUAUGAUAUCUAAGAAAGAGGUACCUUUAUGUACUUUUUUUUUUGUUAUGAUUUUUCAGUUUGCUUAAAUUCUUUCUUCAAGACUUUACAGAGGUAGCUCUCUGGGCCGGUUGUGGAAAUAAACAGCUUCAAGAAAAAUAAAACAAAAAACAAAGAAAAAACUUUGGAUAAUGGUAGCAAGUUCUUUUUGCAUUGUUUCAGUUGUUAAGUUGCUAACUUGCAUAUUCCACUAUAGGAGAAACAUUACUGCCUUAAGCAAAAAGUCGGCAAAGCAGGAUAUGCUGACUUCUCACCAGCUAUAAAGUAGUUUUCGUGUUGGCAUGAAUGUCACUGGCUCUGUGGUUGCUUACAGUCCGUGAGUAAGCAGGUAUAAGGUGUCAUAGGCUCGUAGUUAUAGUAGGUGUCAGUAAGAUUAGCUAGUUGCCAAGCCUUUAUAUAUAAAUCUGAAAUAUUUUUGCACGACUAUUUUUAAUAAACAUGCAGGUUUUUUUUUCCACUUUUAACUCAUGUAUAUUGUCAAUUCAUAUGCUCCUCUUUACUUGAAUGAUUGUAAGGAUGGGUCUCGCAUAAUCAUUACAUCAUUAUGAGGCAUUUUUCACAAGAAUAAUUCUUUGUUUAUCAUCAUUUUUAUUUAGGUUUCCCUAUGUAUGUUAUACAGUAGUUCUAUACAAGAAAGUCAGGAAAGAGUAUAUAUUAUUUGGAUAUUCCUAAGUAAUCUAAUAAUUGUAUACAGUAUAUAAAUCUUUGAAGAAUAGUGGGAAAACCGAGACUUUAGAUGUGUUAGAAAACAAGUCUUUUGGAAGGUAAUAAUAAAGAAUAGAACUCGGCAUCAAAAAUUGUAUUGUAUAUAUUACUCUAGAGGACUAAGAUCUUAAUGAGAUAAUUUGAAUAAGCAUGUGUAGUGAAAUGACAUUAGUUCAGUCUUUUUCUGUUUUGAAGAUCAUGGAGUACAGCAUUCAAAUAAAUUUAUUGUAAAUUUGCACUUGUCCUCUGUCACCGAGUAAAUGAUAUAUCAUCGUUGAGUGAAUGUUAUGUCAUCAUGUUCAGGUAUGGAUGUAACAGCAAGAAUAAAGAUAUAGAAAUCUUUUAAAUAA